GGAGGUUGGGCUCCGGGGCGUGUAAACGUGUUUGUUCUUUUGCUUCUGCUUUUUGAAAACACAAAAUGUCUGAAGUUAAGCAGAGGAAAAAAGGUGUUUCUUCAUCCAAGACCAAUGAUGGUUCACAAAAGGCUGAGAAGCACAGUAAUUGUGGGAAGCUGGCCAGUCCCAGGACCAGCAAUAAUUGGAGUUCAUUUUGGAUGGAGUCACAGACAAGCUUGAGCAUAAUUUCCCUUGCUGUUUGCCUGGUGCUGACCUGGUUCCUAUUUCAGCAGUCAAAUCAGUUUGCUGAUAUGGAAAAAAAGUACAAUUUCUUGCAGCAAGAAGCUGAAAAAUUCCUGGAUGUGGACAAAAAAGUUAGCUUAAUUUCUGAAAAGCUCAAGUCUUCUGAAAGUGUCCUACCAGAAGCUGCCUCAUCCAUCUCUGUGAUGACUGAGUUUGAGCAGGAAAUAUCUUCUCUUCAUAACAUCAUAAAUGAUAUUCAGAACAAUGAACAGACUCUCUCUAUAAAGAUGCAGAGCAUUAAUGAGAAGUUCCAAAAUGUUACAAACUCCUGGAGAAGAAGCUUGGGUGAAAUGAACACAACCACUAGUGGUUUAAAAUCUGAAGCAAAGUUCAUACAUACAGAAGUUACUUCCCAAAUUAAUGAAGUUGACCAAAGAAUUAAAUCCCUUUCAGAAAGGGUAAGAGAACUGGAAGAUAGUACAGCCAGAAAUAUUAAAACACUAAAAAGGCAAGAAGAUGAUGAAUUCUCUAGAGUUGAACAAAAGUUGCACUUACAGGCAAAGGCAGUUGAAAAGCUAGAAGAACAACAGAAUGGUCUGGUAGCCAAGGACACAGACCUGAAUCAGAAACUUGCGAACCAUGAACCUAAAAUUGAGGAGUGCAAGACCCAUUUGCCAACAAUUGAAAAUGCUGUUCACUCUAUUCUUAGAUUAUCAGCUGAAUUGCUAAGCAUGGAGAAAAAGAUAGAGGACUUGACAACACAGCUAUAUACUGUGGAAAAUGCUAUGUUGAAAACCGUUUCUGAUACGAUGAUGCUGCAAAAGGCUCUUGAAGGCAUUCAGUACAAUGACAGCAUAUUGAAAGUGCAAAAUGAAAUAGUGGUUUUAGAAGUAGUGCAUGACAUAAAAGUAUCUUCAGAAGUAACAGAAAUUACUUUAGAAAGCUGUAACUUAGAAAAUGACCAGAAUGGGGAUAAGUGAAUUCAGAUUUAGGGUUUCCAUGGAUGAAAGAGCACUUUAAUUUAUUAUAAAUAAUGUGACUCCAACGUAUGUUAAGGGUAGCUGAAAUAUUGUCACCAAUUUAAACAGGCAUUGGAUCAGACUGAAAGGCAAACUUAAAGAGGAUAGAGAGUGAGAAAUACUGUGUUGGAGUAUUUUCUUAAAUUAAGGAUUAUUUUCAGCUUAUUAAAAUAUUUUUAAAAUGGAAUUUGAAGCAAAAUAUUUAUAUUUAAGGAAAAAAAUUAAAA